GACAGCAAACGCCCGCUUGGCGUGUCCGAUGCCGGAUGCAAGGCGGUGGCGCACAUGGAAAGACACCUCCGGGGGGUCCUUCAAAACCGCGGGAGAGCCACUCGGCUUGCGGACGAUGAGGUGGAGGAGGGGGGGCAGCGGGCACAGCAACGCUGCCGCAAAUGACACCGAGGAUGGCGAGCCCGCACCCACACCACGCGUCUUCUUGCCGGCGUUGGCGCACCUCGGCAGCAACAACGCAAGUACCACCGUCGAAGCACCGCAAGUUUUUCUACCCGUACCACCUAAGAGAGACAGCAAAGUCGACUUGUGUGCCCUCAAAGCUGCUGCCCAGGGCGAUCGUGUGCAGAGCCAAGUAAACGUCUACGACCUUCUGCACGCGUCAGCCGAAACACAGGGGCCAGUACCGAAGGCCGCUAACUUGGCGGCCACGAGAGCUGUGGCAGCUCUCUGGGAGGCAGGAAUUCGGGUGCUCUCCUUGUUCGAGGUCCUCGUCUUCACGUACGUCUGGCUCCGAAACAUCACCGAAGAUGAACCAGACAUGCUAGAGCUAGGGGCUACCGGGUGGACCCUACGAAGGCCUUCCCACGGAGUAGUGCCUGUCGGGACCACCGCUGAAAGCGUGGACACAGUCAGCACUGGUGCCGCCGAAAAGCACGUGCGGGAAGUGCUGGUGGUUGCGCGCGGGGUCAGGAAUGGAAAGGGUGCAUGCUUGCCGGAUUGGUUUGGUGCGGGGGAUUUCGUGGACGGUGAGACUUCAACCCUCUAUGCUGCCCAGUUGGACGGGUUGCAUGCAUACGCGGUGGCAAAGACAAAGUUCAUGGUCGACGGAGUACAGCCGAUUGGCGAGAAAGAGCGCAAGAUCGCAGAGAGUGUCAUUCGCUGCGGCAUCGGGUAUGCAGCCGGUGAAUACUCCAUCAUGGCCCUUCAGAUUGCACUGGCGGUGGACGUCCCCCCGCAUGAGAGCGCGGAGAACUGAAAAGUGGCCGGGUACGAUUGCGUUUGGCAUGACACCACCUUCGACGACAAGUCGUCCAAGCACGCCAAAUAUAAGGUGUAGCAGUCGGGGAUGAUUGUGGGCCCAGACGGACCUCACGAGAACAACCACAGCAAGGAGUGCCAGCCACAGUACAGUGGUUUCACGACAUGUGAUGAGCUUGCCGGGAUCAACCUGAACCCGCACGAACAGGACCAUUCGAAAAAGGCGUUGUACCUUCGAUCGCUCAAUACCAUGAAAAUUCCAACUUCACUUUCGCGGUAAGGGUGAUCAACGAGCGUCAAAACCAGGGGUUCAACAGAAAACUCAGAGGACGCUCUUAGCAAGUGUCACGGAACACCCAAAAGAUAGCUUUGCUGGCUGUGAAGCCGCCCUGUGGAGGUGCGGCAGGAGCUUUUGCGGG